CUAUGUUUGGAGCAGAGACCUCUUUCCAAGAUAACUACAAAACGAUCAUCCAAGAUGGCGUCAGGUACAUCAAUAGAAAUACGUCAUUCCUCUCAGAGGUCCAUCAGCUGGUUUUUGUGGAUCCUUCUCAUAACAGACCUAGCAACUCAGUUUACGUCGCAUUACAAGAUGAUUGCGAACACGUAGCGUCAUCGCAGGUGUCCGCCCUUGUCUUGCCGCGUGAUCAGUGCACUGCAAGCGACGACAUCGCCGGUGUCAUCAGCCACGCCACCAACCCCGUUUUCUCUAUUGACCAGGGAAACCUAGGCUCGGGGUCGCAGGCUUUCAAGAUGCAGCCAUCACCCGAAGACAUGACUAGCUUCUUUAUUGACAUCCUCUCCUAUUAUAAUUGGAGAAAUUUCACCCUUCUCUAUGACGACGGCGGAGCUUUUCAAAACAUGGAAGGCAUCAUGGAAUUUGCUACAAUGAACAAGUGGAACAUCUCCACCGUCAUCAUCGACGAGGACUUCCAAAACAACAUCGAAAUGAUUGAAGAACGAGGUUCCAAGAACAUCUUCAUCUACUGCUCUUCAGAGACUCUCCUACGAUCUACCAUCGACCAGGCUAUUUUGUUGGGAACUAUGGGACCAGAAUACACUUGGAUGAUUGGCAAUAUGGACAUGGGUAUCGACCGCCAGUUCCUAGAGGAUUUAGAAGACAGUAACGCGUUCAUUACACGUUUCAACAUGAACUACACACGUGAACAGCAAUACGCUCUGCCGACCGCCCGUAACACCCCAACAGGAGAGUGGAUGUUCCGUGAACGUUGUGCCUUCGACUCGGUGAUCGCCGUCGGGCAUGCGCUCCGCUUGUACCGAUUGGAGCGAACAAGGGCCGGUGCGACGGGUAGUUCAGUUCUUCCUGGGGACACCCCGAUGCCGGCCUGCCCUACCACGAACCCGGUCGUGACUGAGAAUCAACUCACCAGAUAUAUGAAAGAGAUCAGUUUUGAAGGUAUUACUGGCAAUGUUGCUUUUGACGACGAGGGGAACAGAGUCAACUACACCAUUACCAUCCGCAGUGGACAGGGCGAAACUAUCGACCAAAUUAGAGGCGACUGGACGCAGAGUAUCGACUAUUGGGAGGCCAGAUGGGACCGGAAGUGGGAGAGCGAAGGACGGCUCAACGUGACUACCUACAACUACGGUAAUGACCGAAAAAUCAAAGUCGUCGCCAUCAGGGCGAAACCGUUUUUGUUCCUGAGAGAGGAACGUGCGCUGGAGCUCAACCAACUUGUCAACAGGCGUCAGAGUUCAACCUAUACUGGCAACGACCGUUACGAAGGUUACAUCAUGGACCUACUCGCCAGGAUCAAGUCGCACAUGCGCGGAAUUGAUUUCGAUUACGAGGUGGAGCUCGUACCCGAUGGCAAUUACGGAAACAAGGACGUGUUCAGCGAAGAGUGGAAUGGCAUGAUCGGCGAGAUCGUACGCAGGAAAGCUGAUAUUGCAGCCGGACCGCUGACAGUGACCGACGAACGUGAAGAGGAUGUUGACUUCACUUACUCGUUCAUGAGCGGCGGUGUUAAGCUCCUCCUCCAGAACCCAUACUUCGUCCAACACUACACAUUCCGCCUUAUGUACCCUUUCGGAAUCGAGGUGUGGUUUAUCAACCUCAUCGUCUUCUUGCUGGUAGCUCUUCUCCUCUUCCUCUUCAACUACUUUGAUCCAUAUGAAUGGCAGGCUGCCGCCGAGCGAGGGGAAACCUUCGAGGAGAACGGCAAGAACUUCAACUUGAAGAAUUCUUUCUGGUUCUGCACCACCACGAUGUUCUUGCAGAGCUAUGACAACAGCCCACGCUCCAAUGCUGGUCGAACCCUGACAGCCUUCUGGUGGGUCUUUAUCCUGGUGAUGGUGUUCUUAUACCUAUUCAAUCUCACCUACUUCAUCAAUUCCAACAAGCGUUUGGUACACGUCAAAGAUGCUGGGGACCUCCUGAAUCAAGAUGAUGUCGUCUUUGGAACCGUUGAUGAAGGAUCCAUCUACUGGUACCUCUACAAGUCAUCCAUUCCCGAGUAUAAUCGCAUUUGGCAACGCAUGUAUUCAGCGCAACCAACUGCGUUUGUCAAGGAUGUCACUGAUGGAGUUCAGCGUGUACGAGACAGUAACGGGUUCUACGCUUUCUUGGGAGAAGCAGGAGAGCUCGACUACAUUGCAAGCAAACGCCCAUGUAACCUGAUUGUCAGUGGGGGUUACAUAGUCCGCACCACUUACGCCUUGGCCGUUCAGACAGAUUCACCUCUCCGUGACCAACUUUCGUAUGCCAUCGAGACCCUUCGUGAUUCCGGUGUCCUGGAGGACCUGCAGCGGGAAUGGUGGGAGAUGGACACGGGCGUCUCGUACAGGUAUCGAUGCCAAAAUUUGACAAGUUGGGAACGACAAGGAGUUUUCUCCUUCACCGUCAAUGAUCUUCAAGGUGUGUACUACAUGCUGCUGCUUGGUUUCUUGAUCACUUUUGUGGUAUUCAUUCUAGAAGUUAUUGUUUUCGCUGCCUGUGGUGGGAAAAGUAAGAAAACCAACAGCGGUGGUGGAGGCGCCUCAAGAAAGAAGCCCGCCAGGUCAGGUGGCGGAGGGCCAGUCGGUGGAGGACAGCCAAUGGGUGGCGGAGGAGGUGCAAGUGAUGGCAAAGAAAAGAUGUGGAUAUAGUGAGCUUAUCAACUCUGAUUCAAUUCUUUGCUGGACAUGUUGAAAACUAGCACGACGCCCUCUCCGCCGAACAUCAGGUAUAUCAAUCCAAGCACGUAAUACUCUUGUGCCUCUCAGAAAUAUGUCCGAUCUGAAGAGCAAGAAGUACAGGGAAGUUUUUGACCUUUGAGUUUGAUUGGUGCUAACUUGAGACCGGAUCCCUAACAAAAUUUCGUGUGAUUAGCAGCAGCAAAAGCGGGAUUUUUUUUUUCUUUUGGGGGGGGGGGGGGGGUGGGGGUGGCUACGAGGAAUUAUUUUUAAUUGCUAAUUGUAUCAAAAACAAUAUCGUCACAAUGAUCGCUUGAUAAUGUUUGAAAUUUGCUUAUUGGACUAAAGAAACGCUAUUUAGGAUUGCUGUAAUAAUGAUAAAAAAAUAAUCUUAAUGAUAAGAGACAUUAUUUUCGACGGUUCGUUUGUAAUGCUUUAAAAAAAAGUAUUGGGAAGCAAUCUUUACGUUGAUGUCACACUGUGUACUGCUAUUUUGUGUAGGUGCUCUCAUAAGUUGAAGCUAUAUGUUUACGAAGACCGUAACAUGAGAAAGAAAAGAGAAUAAUAUGAAUAUAAAAUGAGGCUCAAUGAAUUCUAUGUACAGAUUACCUAUGUUAUGAAUAUUGAAUAAAUGAAGAAAAACGUCGCAAUUCCUUUAGAAGUAUGAACUGAAAUUUUGCUCUAUCCGGAAUUGAACCCGAGUUUACCUCUGAGAAUACACCCAUUGAGAUGGUUCCCUGUUAAUUUCUAUUUUUAGCAGUACUAAGAAAUAUUUGCAUCUGUACGUCGCAGCCUAGAUAGAACCACAACGUUAUUGCAGUGCUCAAAGGGUGAUAACCAAAAUAUUCAAAGAAGCUAUAUAACUUUCGCAACCGUGGCUUUUUUUAAUUCGCUACGUACAUGUAGCUAGUAAUGCUUCCGAAACUUUGCAUAGAUGCCAAGAUUGAGCUUAUUUCUUAUACAACAUUCGGCGUUUUACCAAAUGACACUUAGAUUUUGCGCUCCUAGGUGACGAAGUAUAGUAAAAGUCAAGUGAAAUAGCCUACUCGCAAUACAUUCAUUUUCCGGCUCCUCGAUAUGUACGUGAGUUAAAAUAAUAGAUGCUGCUGUUUCCUGCUACUAAUAUGUUGUUGUGGAUAUUGUAUUCAGUCUGUCUUAUGCAAAUAAUACAGAUUUAUGUCAUGUCGGUUUAUGAAAACAGCAUGUAAUAAUUUUAUGUAUGAUUAUGUGAAUAUAAUGGAUAUAUAUAUGUCGUCAGUCAACAUUAAGAAUGUGUAGGGUUAAGAAAGAAAAUUGGAUAUUUUUUGCUUUUAGAUUCGUUUUAUGUCACUUUUUUUAAAUCGUAUUACUAUAUCUAGCAAAAAGGUAUUAUUGAGAGGAUGUAAAUAGUUUGGAAAAUGUCUUACCAUUGUGUAAGAUUUUUUUUCGACAAAAGUGUGUGUAUUCAGUUUCAGACUGUGGGGACGUUCAUACGAUUUUAGGUUUAACAAUUGUGAAUGGGGCAUCUGUAAAAAAAAAAAUGCCUUGAAGUGAAUGACUAGCACCAGAUCGACCAAGGUGCUUAAUCAUGCUCAUGUGCGUGUUCUUGAACGGCUUUGUGUAUGUUGGAACUCUGUUUAACUUAACUGUGUAGAUAUACUUUUUUUCGGAUAGAUUAAAUUAAUUAUGUAUAUGACGGAUGAAUUGUUUAUAUUUCAACUGAUACACAACCAUCAGUUCGUUUUGUAUAUGAACACAGACUAUAUUUGCGCCAAAUCUUAGAAAUAGGCUCCCAUAUGAAAUAUAAAUAUACGAACAGGUUAUUACCGUUGUAGUUCAUAAGUAAUAACACUUACUUCAUUUUUUUUUAGUUAAGGUAACACAUUUUCACUAUCGUCGUGUGCAUAAUUUGUAGGGGUAUCGCAUCCCCUUUUGUAGACAUUCCAAAUUAAGUUGGUAUUACUAUCAUCAAGAAAAUGCAAUUAAAUCCUGUUUACUGCUUCUUGUUCUUAAAAUUGAAAGCAAAAAAAGGGAUUUGUCUGUUAUCGUACACUGUAAAAACUGCGGUGUUAAAACUGACACCAGUUGGUGUUAAUAGAGGACCACACCCCGAGGUGUUAAAAUUACACCCUAGAGAUUAAAAAUAACACCAAAGCGUGUAAAUAUAACAACCAAAGGUGUUGGAAUGACACCUAUAGGUGUAAAACUAACACCACCAAUUCAACACCGGUGUAAAAUAACUGAUGUGGUCCUCUAUGUACACCGGUUAACACCACAGUUUUUGCUGUGUACAAGAGCGCAAAAUGAAGAAACUAGAUCUAUCAUUUGUAUUUUUCUAUACGCACGUGGAUAGGACAAUAUUGGGCAAGUGCAUAUUUUCGUGUUUGCAAGUUAAUUGUAUUACAUUCUUCCUACCGUGGUACAUAUAUUUCAUUGUUCAACAGUUAUCCCUUUACUGAAAUACUGUACAAAUGGAAUAUAUGUUUCCAUAUCACAUAGCACUGGAUCAAGAAAUAUCUAUUUUAAUGAGAUUAGGUUAAAAAGUACCUAUAAUGUUACUUUCUAGCUGACUUUAAUCGAAUUCAAAGGUGUAAAGUUUUUAGUACAUAUUGUUAACCCAUUUUCACUCAAGAAUGUAUAAACUAUUUCACUUUUUUUCUAAUAAAUUGUAGAAAAAUA